AUGUCUACAGCUAUAAAUCAGGAAAGUCAUAAUACAGGAACGUCUAGUGGUCAAAAUCCAUCAUCAGACCCCUACAAUGAACAAGACCUGUCGUCAUCUAUUUCACAUUCUUCAUUGUCACCAUCUCCAUCAACUGAAGAUUCAAUAGCUCAAUUUGAUGGUCAACUCCAAUAUGAAGAUAGACAGGGUGACAUAACAUCCAAGGAAGAAGAUAAUAGAUCACUGCAAUCAGAUCCUAUUCAGGAUACAAAUACUAGUCCUAAAGAGAACAAUACCAGCGCAACACAUUCUCACAAUAAUAAAUCUGAUAAUUCCGGUGCUUUCAAUCCAAAUGAUGAGGAUAACGCUUUACAAAGAACAGGUACUAGAUAUUUUUCUCCAAAAUUGAAAAAAGCUAGAAAAGAUGUCAUUUAUAGUUUCAUUUUCACUAAUGUGGUCUUGGCUAUCUUUGCAUUCACAAUUUUCUCACUUUUCUGGGGUGUGAAUUAUAAAAAUUUUGAUCGUGCUCAUAAAGUUCAAAUAUUAGCAGUCAUCCAAGAUGAAGGUAUAACGUCUCCAAAUAUUUCAACAAUUAUACCCAUUGCAGCUGCUGUACCAACAAUAGCAGAAAGUUCCAUGGGAACAUACCAUAUUUAUAAUUCUACUGGAUUCAUGGAUAAAUUUAAGUUACAAUCGAAUGAUGAAAUUGAUGCUAAAGUAAUACAUGAGGUUUAUGGUGAAAAAUAUUGGUUUGCUAUAAAUAUUAAACCCAAUGCUACACAAGCACUUUAUGACGCCAUAGCUGUUCCAAAUGCUCCAUCUUUCAACACAUCACAAUACUUUGAAGCUGUCACUAUAACAGCUCGUGAUCCGACAAAUUAUAGACAACUGAUAUUACCACUCUUACAAGAUUUUGAAGCCCGUUACAGUAAUUAUUAUACUUCAACUUAUUUCCCACAAUUUCUAAAUAAUUUAACCACAUUUAAUAACAUUACAACUGUUAAUAUGACCAAUAUCGCUUUGGCUGGUACAAUGAAUUUCUAUACAAAUGAUAUCAGAUCAUUCACAGAACGUGUCUUAAUUGCACCGUUACUUGUCGGAGUUGCAUAUUGUUUAUUAUUAACUUUUUUCCAAUUUUUAAUUUAUUCACAACUGCAUCAAGAAGUUUCAGCUCUUUUAAAACCAAAUCAUAUCUUAAUUUACAGAAACAUCAUGCUUUGGUUAACAAUGUUCUUCGCAUCACUAUUUUUCUGUACCGUAUCAGCAAUUUUCCAAAUUGAUUUCACUCCUGCAUUCGGUAGAGGGGGAUUUGUCGUAUAUUGGAUGACCACAUGGCUUUUCAUGGUAGCUUGUGGUGGUACCAAUGAAAAUAUGGUCAGUAUUCUUUUCACUUUAUUUGGUCCAAGAUUCUUAGGGAUUUGGAUCUUAUCAUUCAUUAUUCUUAAUAUCACUCCAACGUUUUAUCCAAUGGUAAUGGCAAACGUAUUUUACCGUUAUGGAUACAUGAUGCCUGUUCAUAAUGCAAUUGACAUUUAUAGAGUCAUAUUUUUGGAUCUUUCGAAACAUAAGAUGGGGAGAAAUUAUGGGUUAUUGAUUGCAUGGAUUGCUAUGAACGCAGUUGCAUUACCAUUAGUUUUCAAGUUUUUACUUAUGGUGAUAACGAGAAGAGAGAAGAAGGAAAAGGAAUUAGCUGCAGCAGCCGAGGAAGCAAAGUUAAAGAAUUAA